AUGAUGGUGACCCGACCAGACCUGUGCAACAAUGACAGAACCUUUGGCUUGCCCGCAACUGAAGCCCUGGAAAAGACAAAUCGCAUCGACGAUGUCUCGCUGUCACUUCUAGAGAACCUGGCAGAUGAAAGCAUCCAAACCGGCAUUGCGAUCAUCGACAGCGAUUUGUUUCCUCGGUUAGAAUGGUCUUGUUGCUUGGACAAAGAGCACGACCAGGAUGAUCUCAGGCUUUCUGAGAUUGCUCAACGAACCGAGCGUUUGCGCCUCAAAUUCAACAAGCGCAAAAAUUGCACAGGUCUGCUCCGCUCCAUGUCCCUUCCGUGCCUGUCUUCGACGUUGGAAACCACAAUGUCCGCCAAAGGAGGCUUGAGGGCAAGCACUGGUGGGCUUCCCACCAAGAAACCAAGGUUGGCCUUGGCUGAACCUCGUUUGGCUCCUCUGGCCUGUUCCACUAAACACUCCUCCACUUGUUCUAUGAUACACCGCAUGUGUGCGAAACGCUGCGCUGACUCUUGGCGUCCGAAGUAUGUCGCGCCCGCUACGAAGCUUGGUUGCCCCUUUCCUCACUGUCCAUAA